UAACAUGAAUCAGGCAAAACAGAACUGAGCUGGGCUGUUGUUAUCAGGGCACUGCACCUGUUUUGUUUCUCAGGCUGUUAAUGAGAAUGAGCUGUGGUUUGUGACUAGUUUCUCCCACCACACUCAUGGAUGCUCCACUAUCAUGGAGUCAAAAAUCUGCCUGGUUGUUGUCCAUUUUUAUCAUUUUGAUAGUUGGCCAUAGAAAUCCUUUUGUUGUAUCAGUAUGGGAAACCUGAAGAGAACCUGUAUAGGUGCAGAUGAUUUGCAAUAUACAGUAAAGUGGGACCAGUGGAAUAUUUUUUCUUGUGUUUAUUUAACUUUCAAGAGAGAUAAAUUUGAUCCUUUAUUUUUUUCAAUGUGUAAAGCACCUAGUUACCAUGAGGGCUGCCCAUCUACCAUAUGAUUUAACUUAUCUGCAGCAGUAUCAAGUACAAAGGAUAUAUAGCUUGUCACUUGAAGCAUGGAGGAAAAUCACAGAGAUUAAUUAUUCCUCAGGGCUAUUUGUGUUGCAAACAGAAUGCCUUCACAUCCUGUUAGCUUUUCUGCAUUGAGAACAGCAAGAUAAAUUACAAUGUGAGCAUAAAUGUGGUGUAUUUUCAUAAUUUGAGAUAAAACCAUCUGCUUUCUGUGCAUUGCUGUGAGCAGGCACUUACUGCCUAGACUGAGGCACCAAACUGUGAGUGAAUCUAGUAAGUAGGUAUGUAGGAGGUACCUACAGUAGUAGGUAUGUAGUGGUUUUGUAAAUUCAGUCUCAGGUUUCUCUGGAGUCUUUAUUAGUGGUAUAGAAUGAGACUUUAAAUGACCACUGCAGCCAAGUAUCCUGCUGAAAGGUAGGGGCAAGUCAUGGAUGUGACUUCUUGUCUUGCAAGAGUGAGGUAGGUGAGAUGUUACCAGGUGAUUUUAUUUACAGUCAUUUUACAACUAGCUUAAAGUUGAUUUACCACCACUCAACUGCUCAAAUUGGAAAUAUUGCAGGAACAAUUUUUUAUAAUCAAGAUUUUUCAGGUCUAGUCAUCUCCAGAGAAUUUGCUGUUGAAGCUCUCCAACUCUCAACACAGAGAUACUCAUUGGCUUUACUGGGGAGGGAAGCUGCUCACUUUUCUGACUCUACAAAUGGCACCAAGACCAAGGAGGGCGUAGUGCAAAGUGUGACCUCAGUUGCUGAGAAGACCAAAGAGCAGGCCAACGUGGUGGGAGAAGCUGUAGUAGCCAGCGUGAACACAGUGGCAAACAAGACUGUAGAAGGAGCAGAGACCAUUGUGGCCACUACAGGAGUUGUAAAAAAGGAGGACCUGGCAGCGCCGCAGCCGCCGGAGCAGCCGCGGCUGGAGGGAGAGGGGGCCCCGGCAAGCACUGCAGGAGAGGGUGAAAUUGAAGGUGAUCCAUCAAGUUAGGGAAUUCUUGCUCAAAAGAGGCCAUUCCAAGAGCAUACAUGGAAGUAUUAGCUGUCACCACAACAGGAAACUCCCACUGUCCAUAGACUAACUACAUCCAGCUCUGUAGUCUUGCACUUGCCUCAUAAACCAGUUGUACAAUAUAUGUAAGCCAGACUCCUCUAAUAGUAACGUGCAGGUGUGUACUGGGCUGUGUGUCUUUCCCAUCCUCCCUCCUGGCCUCCCAGUUGCUUUGUAUAUUUUGGUUGGACUCACAAAUCUGUGUCUUGCAUCCAUAUGCACUGGCACUUGGGAUCUCUAGGCAUUGUGGAAUUUUUUUUUUAACUAAUAAAAAGUGUUUG